CUUGUCUCGUGAGCGCAGGGUGGUGUCAAAAUGGCGGAUGACAACGAGGAGCUACAGGCAGAUGAAGAGGUCCCCGCCCCGGCUGAGGACGGCUUCGAGCAGCUGGAGAUCGACAGCCCUGCAGAGCGCAGCGGCCACGUGGCGGUGACUGAUGGACAGUGCAUGUAUGUCUGGGGCGGCUACAAGAAUGCUCAAGUGAGGGGCUUUUAUGACUUUUAUCUGCCUAAAGAUGAAAUAUGGAUCUACAACAUGGAGACUGGAAGAUGGAAGAAAAGUAAAACAGAGGGGGAUGUUCCGCCUUCCAUGUCUGGAAGUUGUGCUGUGUGUGUUGACCAAGUGGUGUAUUUAUUUGGUGGACAUCAUGCACGUGGCAAUACAAAUAAGUUCUACAUGUUAAACUCAAGAGCUAAGGACAGUGCAUUGCAGUGGGUAAGAGUAGACUGUCAAGGAGUUCCCCCGUCAUCUAAGGACAAACUUGGAGUUUGGGUUUAUAAAAACAAGCUAAUAUUUUUUGGAGGUUACGGCUACUUUCCCGAGGAGAAGCAACGGGGAACUUUUGAAUUUGAUGAAACUUCUUUUUGGAAUUCGGGUCAUCCCAGAGGCUGGAACGACCAUGUACAUGUUCUGGACACUGAAACCUUCACUUGGAGCCAACCGAUAACCACAGGUAAAACACCUUCGCCUCGGGCAGCCCAUGCCUGUGCUACUGUUGGGAACAGAGGUUAUGUAUUUGGAGGCAGAUACCGAGACUCUAGAAUGAAUGACCUUUAUUAUCUUAACUUGGACACCUGGGAAUGGAAUGAAACCAUUACACAAGGCAUUUGCCCAGUAGGCCGAUCCUGGCAUUCUCUAACGCCAAUCUCAUCAGAUCACCUCUUUCUCUUCGGAGGAUUUACCACUGAUAAGCAGCCACUGAGUGAUGCUUGGAUUUAUUGUAUCAGCAAGAAUGAGUGGAUACAGUUUGAGCAUAACUAUUCAGAAAAACCAAGGUUGUGGCACACGGCUUGUGCUAGCGAGGAAGGAGAGGUGAUCGUGUUCGGUGGCUGUGCCAACAAUUUGCUUGCCCACUCCAAAGCGGCUCACAGCAAUGAGAUCCUUGUGUUUUCUCUGCAACCAAAAUCUCUUGUGAGGCUGUGCCUAGAAGCAGUUAUCUGCUUUAAAGAGAUGUUAGCCAGCUCCUGGAACUGCCUCCCAAAACACUUGCUUCAUAGUGUCAACCAGCGGUUUGGCAGUAACAAUACAUCUGGCUCCUAAGACUCCCGCUUUCAAUUACACUGAACAAGAAGUGCAUGGAUGAGCAUUUCUAAAAGAUGUAAUAAUUUUACCAACUAAGUGUGGCAGGCGUGAAACUUGUAUAGAUUACAAAUCGGCAUUGUUGUAGGUAGUAGCUUCUCGGCUUUAAGGUGCAUGUGAAUGGCCUAGAGAGAACUUAUUUUUGUGUAAAGAUGUUUGCAAUAAAUGUAUUUAAUGCAAGUGGAGAUGUAUCCAGUGCUUAACCAGUAGCGGGUUUGCUCAACUUACUGCCACCCUUUCAUUAAGUGAUUGUAAGAAACCUGUUUCGAAGGGGGUCAACUCUCCAUUGUCCAAGAGGUGCAGUAGGUAAGACGAUAGUUUGAGGAUUGAUGGUACUCGCUAAACAGGGCAAGACACAGCAUUAUGCUGAUAGUGAUCCGUAAGUACAGUAAUCUGAGGAUAGAUUCCCUGAGUGGCCCGUGCUAGUAUAUAAACUGUUUUUGUUUUCUAACAUUUAAAAGUGUAUAGUGAUAGAAAAACUUGAGUUUGUUCUGGGGAACUCUUGUCGUUUAACCCUCCUGUUGUUGUGAUACUGCUUCUUCUGUGUUUGCUCCUAACUUGUUUUCUAGCAUUUUAGAGCCUCUGUGGUGAAAUGCGGCUCUCACAUCCUUUGCCUUUAGCCUCUCAGGAGCUUCACUUAUUAAGCCUCCAUCGUUAGUCAGCAGUGGAGACUCCCAAGGUAAUUAGCACCCUUGGCUGAGGAUGGUCAGCUUUGCCUGGAGGUAGCUUUGACUAACAUCCUUGCUUUUGAGCCCCCACGCAUCUUGUGGAACCAGCUCGAAUGUGCCUGCUCUGCUCAACUGGGAAACUUUACUUGGUGUGGGCUGCUGUUAUAAUCCAUGCCAAGAACUAUCUGCAUCUGCCUUACUCAUGCUCAGUGUCUCCAUGGGCUCCAGCUCAGCCACCGCUGAUGGGAGAUCGCAGUUAAAUCCUUGAAACCAAUACAAAUAAAGGGCUUUAAAAAU